AAACAUGCUGGUGUGUCUUGCGUGACAGCGUCUAUGGAUGACAUACAGUUUGAAGAGGCUGCCAGGGUUGGACAAAUUAUUACCAUCAAAGCAAAGGUGAACAGAGCAUUCAAAACCAGUAUGGAGGUUGGCAUCAAGGUUACAGUAGAGGACAUUUUGACUAAUGUGGAAAAAAUUGUGAGUGUGGCAUAUGCAACGUAUGUAGCCAAACCAGUUGGUGCUGGAAAGAUUGAAUUAGAACCUGUAAAGCUUUUGUCUACAGAAGACCACCUGGAGCACAGCCUAGCUAUUGAGAGAAGAAGAAUCCGACUGGGCUAUGAACAGGUCUUUCAGAACCUAAUGCAGGAGACUAAUAAGGAAGGUACUUUUGAAGAGGAAGAUGCAGUUUCAACUGACCUUACUCAUGUACGGAGUAUUGAGCUUGUCCAGCCUCCUCAUGCAAACCAUCAUGGAAACACUUUUGGUGGCCAGAUCAUGGCUUGGAUGGAGACAGUGGCAAGUAUUUCAGCAAGCCGACUUUGUCGUUCAUAUCCCAUCUUGAAAUCAGUCAAUAUGUUUAAAUUCUGGGGACCAUCCAUCGUCGGUGACCGCCUUGUCUUCAAUGCAAUUGUCAACAAUACAUUUCAGAAAAGUGUGGAGGUUGGUGUCCGUGUUGAGGCUUAUAACUGUGAAGAAUGGAUCAAGGACCAAGCACGGCAUAUUAACAGCGCAUUUCUCAUUUUUAAUGCUGUAAAUGACAAAGGAGAGCUGCUCACCUUCCCCAGAAUCAAACCUACUACAAAGGAUGGUAACAGGCGAUACCAUGGAGCCAUUGCCCGAAGGAGGAUUCGACUAGCCAGGAAAUGCAUGCUGUCUGCUAAAGAAGACAAACCUUCUGAUCCCUGGGAGAGAAGCAACCAGGCAUAUGUGAGUUACAGCAACAUAGCUGCACUGACACACCUUGCAGCAAAACCAGGAUGGGAAAUAACCAACACACUGGAUGAU